AUGAGCUAUUCACUUACCAACGUGCACAAUGCUAUCGCCUCUCUGGAACCACAGAUGUUCGAUAUCUGCAAAGUCAGCGGCGCGGCUGGGCUGUCGUUAUCCGUUGUUUCGGGCGGAAAAGAAGCGUACGCAAAGCAUUUCGGCUUCCGGGACCUUGAAGCAAAGGAAGUGCCGGAUGGCGAUACUACGUACUUCAUCGGCUCUGUGACCAAAGGAAUGGUGGCAGUCCUCGUGGGAAUAUUGGCUGAAGAAGGGAAGCUCGGGUGGUCUACUCGCGUCGCCUCAAUAUUGCCCGAGCUCCAAGACUCAUUCGAUGGUCGUGGAUCCGAGAUCACUGUCGCCGAUCUCUUAUCUCAUCGCACUGGAGUAGCGCGCAGUGACGCCCUCUGGAUCUCUCGCGCAGGCAAUCUCCUGCUCCCGAAGUCCGAAUUUCUUUACAACAACUACGCCUACGACGUGGUCGGCCAAAUCAUUGAGAUGAUUGAGCGGAAGAGUCUUGAAGAGGUUUUCAAGGAGAGGGUACGGGAGCCGCUGGGGAUGCAUCGAACGUCUAUGGAGGACCUCGCUGGGAACACCAACGCAGCAAAGGCUUAUUACGCCCUCGAAGAUGCCUCUUCAUAUGAAGUUCCAAUUCCUACCAUAUCUCAUAAAACCAUCAUGGGAGCUGGCGGGGCCAUUAGAAGCUGCACCAACGAUCUGGUCAACUACUAUAGCAGUUUUAUGCGCGCAGUCAAUCAUCAGUUGAACAACAAGACGACCUCAACCUCAGACUCGCCAUUCAAGCAACUCACUACAAUUCUUCAACCUCACAACCAGCUUGAACUCACCUCUUUACGCGAGCAGUCUUAUGCACGGGGCUGGGGGCGUGCACAGCUCCCCUGUCCGUUGGGAACUCUCAGUUACAACUACCUGCUUAUUCACUCAAUGCUGGUGAUUGGUCGAGGAGCUCCAGGCCAGGUCGCUCUGUAUCAUGGAGGCAGUAUACAAGGAUUCAACACGGCUGUUUACCUCCUCCCAGAAACCGAGACGGCUAUCAUCGCAAUGCAGAACUCGUCAGGUCUGGGCGAUGCAUGCGAUUGGAUUCCUCAGAUGAUCAUCCACAAAUUGUCAGGCAGUACUGGGAGCAUCGACUUUCCUCGUCUUGCUACUGCGGCUGCGAAGGCUGCCCUAUCUCUGCCAGAGAAAAUUGAAGGUGAGCUUCAAAAGAGACGAGAGAGAGGCACUGGACACUUGGACCUCCAGGCAUAUACGGGUCGCUACUGGAAUGACCUUCGCAACUUUCGCAUCAACGUUAGCGUUCGCCAUAGCCGUCUUUACAUGACCUUUCGAGGUAUAGUGAACGAGACUUAUGAGUUGAGGCACUAUCAUCACCAUUCAUGGACGUGGAACGUGUCGCAUAAUGAGACUGCCAAGUCUGGACGAUAUCCAAAUAGACCCUGGGUCGCGUACAUAGUUGAGUUCGAUUGCGGGGAAAAUAAAGAGGCUCACGCGUUGCUCUGGAAGUAUGAUGAGGAACAUCCAGAGCCGGGUGUCUUUCUAUAG